AUGGGAACAAGCGCGAUCCGCGCAUGUUGUGAGUCCUUGUCACAGGCCUCUGCCGGCGCCGGCUCCCGGCGGCUUGAGGACCUCCUAAUUGAAGUGGAUGAAGCCAGGAAGGAAAACCAACGACUCAAUCGGCAUCUCCAGCAGAUGCGUCAUGAAUUGAAGGUGGGGGGCGAGAGACAUCGUGGGCACAGUCGGAUGCAGGCUCACGUAAGCGAGAGCAAACUGCCCGGUGAAGAGACACGCCAUCUUCAACACAUUUUGUCGCAGCUGCAGGUGGGAAGACCACGGGUGAGCCUGUCCCAAUACCAGAGCUUGCAACAACAGGUCCAUGAGCUACAGCGAGCGAAUCAGGCAUAUGCGGAUCCUGUCACUGAGCCCAGCUUCAGGUCGGUACCAUCCUCAUACAGCCACAGAGGGAGUCUCUAUGCUUCUGGGCGGCAGACGCCAAUGACCGGGGCACCAAGCAUCACACUUUGGAGCAGCGCAGUACAGCGCACCUCCGUCGGAGACCGGUUCUGCCUUCAUGGCCGAAGACUUCAGGCGACGCUUGCAGGCCAUGCAACAAGAGAAUGA